AUGCGCCCCCACCAUCAGGGCCGUCGCACGGCACCCUCCGCACCCCCGGCGGCUGCCCUGGCGCCACCGCCCGCCCUCACCCCGCCCCUCUCGCCCUCGGGCUCGCCCGCGCCAGCGUCGCCGCACGCCUCGCCGGGCAGCACCUCGGCCUCCUCCUCGCCCAUCGCCAUGCGCUCGUCCACGGCCGGGCGAGAUUCGCCCCUCUCCUCCUCGCCCUCGCUCAACGGGAGCGGGUCGUGGAGCCGCGUCGACGUGUCCACCAUGCGGCGCACCCCCUCCUCCAUCUCCCUCGUCAAACCCAUGACCGCGCCCGGCGGCGGCUCCUCCAUCUCCACGUCCUCCUCCCCGGUGGUGCCCAGCCUCGCCCUGCCCGACGGCGGACACGCAUCGGCCGCCAAGCAAGCCGGCAGUCCGCCGGCCUUCGUGCCCGCGUCCCCCUCCUCGUUGUCGAUGGCGAUGGCCGCAUCGAGCAGCCUGCGGUCGUCCACGUCCGGCACCUCCUCCGCCGCCGACGCGCACGUGGCGGCCGCCUCGCCGCACCGGAUGGCGUCGCCGCGCCACCAGCAGCAGCACCACCACCACCAGCAGCAGCAGCAGCAGCCCGGUUUCGGCGCAUCGGAGCUGGCCCGCCGCGCCCUCCUGUCGUCGGCCGACCUCGUGGCGGCGCCGGAACUGACGAGCGGCGCCCGGGCCGGGCUGUCGUCGUCGUCGAAUCCGUCGUCGCUGGCGUCGUCGCUGUCCUACUCGACGUCGGGCCUGACGGACCGCAUGAUGGCCCUCGACGGCAGCAGCGCGUCGGGCGGCUGGGGCGAAUACCACACGCUCGACGCCCUCCGCAUCCGCAAGCUCGCCGUCGACAACCUGCCCCGCUCGGCGCCCCUCCGCAGCGCCACCCGCCUCCUCGCCCUCCUCCUCAAGCACCAGGACCGCCUCUUCAAGGUGAACCAGCACGACCAGGUGCCUGAGCCCCUCUACGCCCUAUUCGAGCACCUGACCAACAACGGCCUGGCCGUGGAGGACCUCUUCGCCUUUCAGAUCUCGCGGGUCAAGGUGGAACCCCUCUACCACCUGGUCAUGUACAAGGGCAUGUCGCUUUCCAACGAGACCAACAUCCACCUGGUGUCGGAGAUUCUGCGACUCGCCCUCGAGCGACUGCCCCGGAGACCCUUCCACUUUGCUCGCUUCGAGCCACCACGCUCCUUCGAUGAGUUGGAGGGGGACGAGGCCGGGAGCGUGAAGCUGGCGGAGGAGGUGCUGGGGCGGGUGGACGCGGUCGAGCGGCAAAUCGCGGGUCAGGUGGUGGGGCUCGUGGGCCACCUGGUGAGCAUGGCCGAGGUCAACGGCGCCAACGAGGAGCUCCUCCUCCACGUCUUCGCCCCGCUGCUCGUCGACGGCAAGUGGCUGGCCUACCGCAAGCCGCCCGCCGUCAAACUGCGCGAGCCCUUCGUCGUGUGA